AUGCUCAUAUUAUCAAAAUUUCCUUGCAACAUUAAUUUGAUUAUGUAACAGCAGAUUUGGCAGGCGUUAAAAUUUUUCAUUUUAGACAAUUCUAAUAUACUUAAUGUAAGUCUUGCUGUUCAAUUGAUUCCAAUAAAUAAAAUAAGAAUAAAGGACAGGAUUGGAAUGAAUCUGAAUUAUGAGAGAUGCCUUGUCCAAAGAAGAACUUAAUAAGUAAACAUGCCUAUAGAUAAUCAAUAGUUUAUUUUCAUCGAUGCCAAUAUGAAUAUACUCAGGAUAAUAACUUAAAGUAAUCUGUGA